AUGUAUAAAUAUUGUAAAUUUUACUUUGAUAAAUCAGACGACCGCAAGAUGGCGUUGGGUAAAGUCAUUAGGUUAUCAGGUUCAUUGGUCUCAAAACCUGGUCAAAUUCGGUUUCGGGCACCUCCCUCAAUAAUUGUCCGACCAGGAGUUAUUCGUCUGCCAACACUACCUGCUAUCUGGAUAAAACCGCCACCAGUUCAACCAGCUGCCCCGGCUCCAAUAUACGUGAAUCCAGACCCAGUGCAACCGCCUACCACAGUACCAAUUGAAGUUAGGCCUAAGCCCGUGUAUCCACCUCGGCCUGCUCCGAUUGUUGUUAAACCUGCACCGGUUCAACCACCUAAGCCUGCUUAUUAA